AUGCAAAACGAAAUCACGACACUCUUUCAACAGACAGUGAAAUUGCAACGGUUUGUUUCAAAGCUCCAAGGAGAUCUUGAAACAGAAACAGGGAGAAAUGCCAAGGCACAGAAGCAGCUCAAGCGGGACGUCAAAGGGUUGCAAGAAGAGAUCAUGAAUCUAGAACAAGAGCUCCAAGAAAGCGAAAAUCGUAACAAUGUUGGAGAAGGUAGACUAUCGGCCACGAAAAGAAAUCUGGAACAGCUUCAAGGCCAGGCAAUGAACGAUUUGCUCGCUCGCAACAGGUUAGAAACGGAGAACAAAUCUCUGAAAGCAGAAAUCGUCGACGUGCAGAAGAAGCUUGAUGACUAUCAAUCGAUCAAAGAGCAGAACUAUGAUCUUGGUAAUCAAGUCAGAUCCUCUGAGCAUAAAAUUAACCAGUACUUGGCCAUCGUGGAAGAUACAGCAAAGAAAGCCAAUGCGAGCGAAGAGAAAGUCACAGCUGAACUUGCUGCAAAAGAGGCCAUGGAGAACCAUUACAAGGCUAAGAUUGCUGAACAAGGGGUUGAAAUAACAGAGCUCAGGCGUCACAGGGAGAAAUUGGAACAAUCUGUUGCUCGGUUUCAAGCAAGUGUUAAGACGUGUUGGUGGCAUAGGUUCCGGGCGUGGAAGGACCGGUUUCGAAAGAGGGACAGAUCAGGGUCUUGGGUAAGUAUCACGGAUGAAUCGGCUGAAAAUAUCAUCCUUAGGACGUACGGUUGA